GACCGGGGCCGCAGCCGGAGGCGGAGUCUGCGGGGAAAGCGAAACCGAGACCAGCCAGCCCCGGGCUCGCGGCGGAGCAGCAGCUGAAUUUUUACCAGAGCAAGUAAGGAACAACCCAGGGGACGAGGAAUCUAGUGGAAAACAGAUUAGUGGAAGAAAUGGCCAAUAGUACUCCAGGUUUAUACAUAGCAGAACUUAAUACAUAUCGUCAGAGGAAAAAAGUAAAAAUUGAGUAUCUUGAACUGUCAAAGACAGGACCUCCACAUGACACAAGGUUUCAAUUUCAAGUUACUAUAAAUGAUAGAAAAUUUCCAGCAGCAAUCGGUAAAUCAAAGCAGGAAGCAAAAAAUGCUGCAGCCAAACUUGCACUUGAGAGUCUUAAUGGUGAAAAUAAGACAGUGACGACGACGACGACAAAUACCUCAACAGGAUUAUCUCAGAAUUAUAUAGGCCUUAUUAAUCACAGUGCCCAGAAAAAACACCUACCUAUAAAUUAUGAAUAUUUUGAAUUGAAGGACUCUGAGAACAACAGAUUUCAUUGUAGAUGGAAAAUUGGACAGAAAGAAUACCCUAUUGCUUCAAGUGCUACUAAACAGGAUGCAAAACAUUUGGCUGCUAAAUAUGCAUAUAUGCAGAUGAGAUCUGAAGAGACCCCAGUGAAAUCUGACCCAGCAAUCCCUGGUACUCCGUCUCCUCUGUCCAGUGGCCAUGGAAGCAACUCUUUUUGUUCUGACGCAUCACUUCAAAGUGAUUCCCCAGAAAGUGCAUCAUUACGAAAUGAUGACAGUGAUAGUUUAAACAACUCUUUCUCAUCCUCUUCGGACAAUAUCCAAAAUAAACACCAGAUUAUUAAAAGAAGAUUGGCACCUACAUUUGACAGUCCUGUGAUAGAAGAAAAUAAAUAUACUGUGGACGAGAGGUUUGCUGACUCUUUUAAAGAUAUAGAACACAUUGGCUCAGGUGCAUAUAGCCAAGUUUUCAAAGCAAGACAUAAAAUUGAUGGCAAGAUUUAUGCUGUUAAACGUGUUAAAUAUGAUUGUUGGGAGGUGGAGCGCGAGGUGCAAGCUUUGGCAACAUUUGAUCAUCCAAAUAUUGUUCAUUACUAUGAUUGUUGGGCUGGAUAUGAUUAUUAUACUGAGAAUAGCAUAAAUGAUUCAAGUAUGAAGUUUAUGCACAGACCAAGAAUUAAGUGCCUUUUCAUCAAAAUGGAAUUCUGUGGUCAAGGGACAUUGGAGCACUGGAUUGAUGGAAGAAGAGGCAAGGAACCAGACAAAGCUUUAGUUUUGGAAUUCUUUAGACAAAUAACAACAGGAGUGGAUUAUAUACAUACAAAAGGAUUUAUUCAUAGAGACCUUAAGCCAAGUAACAUAUUUUUAGUAGAUGAAAGACAAAUAAAGAUUGGAGACUUUGGACUUGUGACAUCCCUGAAAAAUGAUGGGCUUCGAACAGGUGAAAGAGGAACUGAAAGGUACAUGAGUCCAGAGCAGACAUCUUCCACAAAUUACGGAAACGAAGUGGACCUCUUUACUUUGGGGCUAAUUCUUGCAGAACUUCUUCACAUAUGUGCCACUGCUUUAGAAACAUCUAAGUUUUUUAAAGAACUAAGGGCCGGCAGCAUCCCAGAUGUAUUUGAUGACAAAGAAAAAAAUCUUCUACAGAAACUACUCUCGCAUGAACCCGUGAAACGACCUAAGACAUAUGAAAUACUGCACACUUUGAAGGAGUGGAUAGGUGCUUCAGAGGAAAGAAAACUAAAAACAUGGUAGCGCCUUUCUGAAAAAGUACCUCCCCUUUAAUAUUUUUCUGGCACUAAAAUUUACUAGGGAAUAUCAGUGGAAUUCAUCUUCUGUUUUCAUUUCUCUUUUUUUCUGCAUUUGUGGAAAUGUUUGCAUUCUUUUACUUCAAAGACAUCCUUACAUUUUUUAACUAAUUAUCCUUAUGAUGAAAAUGGAAAAUAGUGCCUGAAAUUUUAUUUUUAAAUCAAUUGAUAAAUGAAUUGAUUAAUAAAUAUUUAUUAAAGGUCUACUGUUUCUGGACCAAAAAAUAGAUGAUAUUGUGUAUUAAAUAGCUAGCAAGUCAGGAGACAUAAUGUACCCUCGAAAGAGAGUUAUGUGCAGUCAUUUUGGCAAACACUGUGAUAUCACCUAAUGAUGUUAAAUGUGUACAUUUAAACUGAAAGCCGUAAAUUCCAUUUUGCAUGCCUGCCUACCAAGAAGGUUCAUAGACCCGUUUCUAUAGCCAAAAGAAAAGGAAACAAUAUUAAUGUCUAUCACAAGAAAAACAGAAAUUGUACUACAUUUUCAACUUAGCAUACAAUAGAGCUGUGACAGUGAGUGAAGUACAGCUAAAUACAGUAUCAUGAUACACCUCUCGGAACGUUACACAAACAAAGCAUAUUGCAGAAAUACAUACAGAACAAUCCCAUUCAUAUCAAGUUCUGCAACAUGCUACAUGAAAAAAUUUUGUUUAGGAAUCCAAACAGUUGUACUAAAAUAAUGGGAGGGAAGGGAAUGAGAACUACAAUCAUGGGUCGCUUACCAGGGAGGUGUCUUGAGAAAUGCGUUGUUAGGUGAUUUUGUUAAUGUAUGAACCUGCUGCACACCUAGACUGUAUAUACAGAGCCCUCUUGGACAUGUGGUCAGUGUCUGACUGGAACGUCAAUAUGUGACAUAUACCUGUAGUAAUUCCUGGGGGUUAUCUCUGAAGAGGGACAGGAGCAAUAUGAUUGGGGAGAUGGACUUAAAGGUAACAGUUAACUUUUUUAACGUAAAAUGAAGAUUGAGGCCAUUACUGUUUACUGUCUAGUUAUUCUUAAAUACAUUUUGUAUUUAUUUUAACAAGACACUUUAAGACUCUGAUGUAGUCAGUAGUUAAACGCUGAAAUUAGUCAUUCUGGAAGGAGUGAGCUCAUUUUCUGCUGUAACAAAUUGCCACAAAAUUAGUGGCUUAAAACAAUACACAUUGACUCUGUGUGUGUCUGGAGCUAGAAGUCUGAAAUGGAUUCUACUGGGUCACCACCAGUCAAGGUGUCAGUACACCUCUCUGGAGCACACCGUGUUCAAGAACUCUUAAAUAAACCCCCGCCACAGGUCUGCUGAGAAAGCUUGAUGGCUCUCUGCCAGAGUUUCUACCUGAAAUUCCCUUCAAAUCGUUUUUUAUAAUAGCGUUAUUGUGAUAUCAUUCACAUCCAUUCAAAGUAUAUGAACCAAUGGUGUUUAUAUAUUCAGAGUUGUGCAGCUAUCAGCACAACCAAUUUUAACACAUUUUUGUACACACCACCCCCCAAAAAAAAAUCGUGUCAUUCCUUAUCAUCCCCAAAGUCUAGGCAACCACAAAUCCACUUUCUAUUCUAGAGUUAUCGAUUCUGGACACUCCAUUUAAAGGAAAUCAUGCAAUAUGUGCUCUUUUUAAUUACUGUGUUUUCAAGUUUCAUCUGUGUUGUAACAUGGAUCUGUACUUCACUCCAUUUUAUUGCCAAAUAAUUGUAUUAUACGACUAUCACAUUUUACUUAUCAGUGAUGAACAUGUUUCCACAUUUUUAUGAAUGUGACUGAAUUUUUAUGUUCAAAUUUCAUAUGGACAUGUUUCCUUUUCUCUUGGGUGUAAUACCUGGGAGUAGAAAUGUUGGGUCAUGUUGUAACUCCUUCCUUGUACCUUUGCAUGGCAAAGUUAUGUUCAGUGUUAAGAAUUUUGUAUGUAAAAUUUAAGUAAAAAUAAUGCUCACUUUCAAAGUUCAACAGUUAAAUAUUUGGCAAACACACUUAAAGAUGUGUGACUAAAACAAUUUGAUACAUUGUCUUUAUUUUGAAUUUUAUCUUUUUUUUUUUUUUUUUUUUUGGGACCCUCGCCAGUGGCCAGGGAUUGAACUGGCGCUGCAGAGGCUGCAGACAGCCUCGCAACCCAGUGCUCAACCGCUGUGCCACCAGGGGAGGCCCUUUAUUUUGAAUUUUAGAAGCUCCAGUAUUUAAGAAAAUAAAUUUUUAAACUUCUAGCUAUAGAAAUAAACAUAACACAAUAUAAACAAAAGUAAAUGGCAAUGUGACAUUUUAAAAAUUAGGUUUCAAAUUACAUGCAAAUAUUCUAAUGCAAUUAAAAAAAUUUUCAAUGUUCGGCUUCC